CGACGAGAAAAGGUUACACCUGCGGAGUUAUUGACAUCAUUUUGACAUAUUUACCUGUGAUAUAUUAUCCCAUUCACCUCUACCGAUGAGUGCCCGGACCCGUGGACGUGUAGGUGAGACCUGCCUGUAGCCGGCCAUUAUCAGCAGCCUCAGCACAUGCAUGGGGCAACCACGACGCCAACAUGUCCAAGUCUCGAAUGAAGAAUCUCUUCAAGUUUCGCACAAAGAGCACAACUGAUUUGUCAGAAUGGAACAAAAAUGAUGAAAAGCUGCUCAAGUCUGUUGAGUCUGGUGACGUGAAGAAAGUAAGUGCGAUACUUGCCAAGAAAACUCUGAACCCAACAAAGCUCGGACCACGUGGUCAUAAUGUCUUCCAUAUUGCAUGUGCAUUUGGGAAUGAACAGAUUGUAGAGAUCUUGCUGAAAUACAGUGAUGAUGUCAGUGAUCUCACGAUUCAAGGAACCACAGCCCUACAGCUGGCAGCAGCAAAAGGCCAUACAAAUAUCGUUCAACGAUUACUACAGGUCAAUGCCGAUGUCGACAUGGUGGACAGCAACAACAUGACUGCACUGCACCACGCCUGCGCAGGCCUCCACUUGCAAUGUGUCCAGAUGCUGCUUACUGGACAGGCUAGUCCACAGACCAAAGAAAAGACGGGCAAGACGCCGUUGUUUUAUGCUGCUCAUCGCGGGGACGUUGCUAUCUGCAAGUGGCUGGUCGACAAAGGUGCCGAUGUCAAUGCUGCUGACAUGUAUCAGAUGACUCCGCUGAUAGUGGCAGCCAAAGAAGGCCACAAGGAGGUGGUAGAAUUCCUGCUGAAGAAAGGAGCCAUUCCAGAUCACGUGGACAGGGAACGUCGUAAUGCUCUGAUGUAUGCCAUGAUGGCUGGGCACCAAUCCAUGAAGGAAGUGUUUGCAAAAGCACCAACAAGAGCAUCAUGGGAUGUCCACCCUAGUAGUAUCAAAACAAAUGCAGUAGUAGUAGUACAGGACACACCUUCAAAACCAGAGCCAUCGGCUGAUCAGGUUGACUUGGUCGGCAAGUUCGACAAUGAUUCCCCAUCAUUAAACCAUAAAGAGGUUGUACCACAAGAAGAAGAGGAGAGACUGUCGGGUCAGACAAACCAUGUAGAAGUUCCGCCUACUGCAGAAAAAACGUCUGCACCGGAAAGAGAGGUGAUGUCUAAACCUGUUACUCUUUCGGAAGCUGAUCAGAAAACGAAACAAGCACUGAAGGAGUUGGAGGAGGAGCAUGACCAGCUGAAUGAAGAGUUCCACAAGCUGUCUCUGCAGAAAAUGAAGCUGCAGGACAAGGUGGACUUCCUCAAUGGCCGACUGGACCACGUCAAACAGGAGCAAAGUGAAAAUGAUCAGGUGGUUCAAGAAUAUGAGGAUACGGUGAAUGAUCUGCGUAACCUGUUGGAAGAAGAACAGGAGCGAUCAAGUGAACUGGCAAUUCAACUUCUCCACAGCACCGACCGCGACAAGCAAGUCAUCUUGUCAUGUAGUGGGAAAGGAUCGAUCAAUACACGGAGUCAUGAUAAUGCUGUCACCACUUCAGACAGUUGGGAUGAUAGUGAUGAGGAGCUGUUUGAUCCCUCAGCCAAGAAACAGAAGACUAAAGGUAAUGCUGAUGAUGCACGGAUGGUAGCAUUACUACGCAGUCAGGUUUUAGCUGUCCGUCAAGAAAAUGACCAGCUGAAGGAGAAACUGCAGUCCCUUCCAAAUGGUUUGCUUGAGACAUCUCCCUAUAUCCUGCCGUCUGAGAAAGACACUGGCUCACUGACCACGGACAGUGAUGAGCUGCAGAGUCUAAGGAACAGGAUCACCAGUAUGGAGGCGGAGAGAGAAGAGCUCAAGUCUCAGGUUCUAAAAGCUAAAGAAGGCAGUCAGUUUGAGCAGCUCGCAGACGCCAUCAACCAUGAGGGGCUGGUGGUGGAGAACAAGAGUCUGAAAGAGCAAUUGGAGGACCUGAAGACCAAACUAGACACCAGCCAGCAGCAGUCUGCUGACUCCACAGGCCACGAGGACCUGCUUGAAGAGAACCGGAAACUCACAGCAGAGCUGGAGGUGAUGAGGAGCAAGCUGGAGUCUGUGGAGCAGCAGCAGCACGCAGAGCACGAACGAUGCAGCAGUGCCGACGGCGACAGUGGGGACAGCGGUAUCAGCGGCGUGAAGCCCGAGGGCAGCAAGACAACGGAAGCAGCUAAUGUGGCGUUCCUGCAGGCCCAGAACGAACAGCUCACUGACCAGUGUUCCCUGCUGACGGAUGAGCUGGACAAACUGAGGACGACGUUCGACGCGAUCCUGAAGGCGGGCGACAACCUGCAGACGGACUAUGAUGCGCUGCAGAAUGAGAAGGAGCGGCUGCAGGAGGAGCUGGAGCGCACGGUCCAGGAGAAGGAGGAGCUGGUGAAGGAGAACGAGUUCCUGCUGAGUGACGGCAACGCACUGCACGAUGACCUCAAGAAGCUGGUCCACGAGCUGGAGAAGAUGCAAGACCGACUGAAGCAGGUGGACAAGGAGAAGGAGGCCAGCGCCCGGCUUACCACGGCCGUCAGCCUGUCGGGCAAGGUGGGCGAGUUUAGCCGGCUCCUGGAGGAGCGCGAUGGACUGAAGCAGCAGCUGGACGAGCUGACCACGGAGUGGUCACGGCUGCAGCAUGACCAGGAGAUACUGGUGGAGGAGGUGCAGAGUCUGCAGGAGCAGGUGGCUGCACUCAGCACUGAGAGGGACAAGCUGCAGACGGAGGCCGACGAUGUGGAGACAUUGUUGCAGCAGCACGAUGUCCUACAGCAAGACUACUCGCAGCUAGAACAGGAUUAUGCCGAGUUACUCAAGGAAAAGGAGAAAGUGGAGCAGGAAUUGCUUGAUGGCCAGGGUGUGAGUGUUGAGGAUGCGACCGGCGGUGGGGGUGGCGAUGACGAUGUGGCGCACGACACCAAGGACCUGGUCCGCGAGAACACUAACCUCGGCUACGAGAAGGAGCAGCUCGACCUGACUGUGCUGGAACUGUCCAAGGCAAACGCCCUGCUGGAGGAGGAGGUGGGACAGCUGCAGCAGGAGCUCGAUCACACACAGCGCCAACGACAGCAGCAGCAGCAUGGUGAGGCUGACGUCGACGUAACGCUGCAGUCGACUGUGAUAGCACAGAAAGACGAGCAGGUGCGGAGUCUUCAGGAACAAAUGACUUGCUUGCAGAGGCAGCUAGCGGAAUUCGAUGACAACCACAAGGAUGUUGUAGGAGCUUACCGAACACACCUCAUUAGUGCUGUACAGGGACACAUGGACUCGAAUGUGAAGGAAGCUUUGCAUCAGAUCAUUGAGCUGAGAAGUAUGGAACAGUUCUGUUAGUACUCAUCGAUCACAAAUCUGGCUCUGUGCUCAGAAAACUUCCACAGUCUCCACUUCCUACUGUGUCUGGAGACUAUAAACCAUAAAAUCUGUCUGUAGCCGUUCAGACUGACAACAUCUUGAUUCGGACUCUCACCAAGUGUGCAGAUUUCACAUCGGCAUCGCCACACAGAUCUAGCUGUUCAGACUUUAAUAGUGUGCACUUUUAAAAAGUUUUAUAAGCAGCAUUGAACCCAGGACUGCACUCAACCGAACCAUGACAUCACAGCCUGCUGUAAACGAUUGAAAACAAAAUGGCUGUUUCUCUGUGUGCAUUUGUAUUACUGGAUCUCUGUUGCGACUAACAAAUGAUAACCCCAUGAAAACUGUUUGAAGGAAGUCGCCAUUGCGGUGCCUGUGAUAAAGGAGGGAAUAUGGUAGUGAAGCUUUGUUUGAGGAUGUUGAAUAAGGAAUGAAUUAACUGGUCUCAUAUCACUACGUGUUCAAUCCUACAAUGGCAUAUUAUUUAGUACAGACCAGGACCCAUAUUUACGAAAAGGUGUAAAGUUACGUCUACAGCUAGCACUUAUGUCUGCCGUAGAUUUACUUUUACGUGCAAGGAGCACAGUAUUCUCUAAGACUGUCGUAAACGUAACUUGGUUGGACGUAAAUCUACGAUUUUAACUCGCUCACGGGAGAAAUUAAAAUAACAAAUUAGAAAAACGUCUACCGGGUAAAUAACAAAUGCACAAAACACAAUUUUGUUUGUCGUCUGCCAACAACAAUAUCGCGAAUGGCAAACCAUGGCAUUUUGGUACGAACUUUAGGACAUUUUUUUAAAAGAAAAAGGUAACUCAAAAAUAUCCGUUCAGUUAUUGGAAAUGCACCCAUUUCCCGCAAAUAAUAGUAAAUAACGGCGAUCGUGCUUGAUUCAUUAUAUGUACAUGACUUACGUGCAGCAUUAAUUGUAACCGGAGGCACUCUUAUAUUUACGUCCAACUUUACACGUAACUUACGUUUACGUUGUUUCGUGAAUAGCUCUUCAGUCAUAGAUUUACGUUUAUGUGUAACACUAGACGUACAAUGUUUUGUGAAUAUGAGUCCAGGGUCCAAAUUCACGAAACUCUCACAACUUUGCGAUCUCGCAGUGCAAUGCUAAAAUACUUGCAAAGAGGAUGCUUUGUUGUCUAACAGAGCCUAAGAGAGCUUUGUGAAUUAGGUCCUAGACUGGCUUUAAAUAGGGUCACACAGCAACCGAUCUUAACGAAAUAGUGCCUGAUAAUAAAUACCUCCAAUUUGUUCUGAACCACUUUCUUCAACCACUUAUAGACCUUUUUUCAUACUAUGGAAUUUACUACAAGUUAUUUAUUUCUGAGCCGAUUGUUUUCAAAAUUGGACCCAAAAAUAGUAUUUUUAUAUUUAUUUCUCAAACACCUUUACUUUUCUUCUUACGUCCAAUAAAACCAAAAUUAUUUACAAAAAAAACCCAUCUUUAUAGAAAGAUGAGACAGACUUUAGGUAGCCCUUGUUACCAAUAUUUUGAUUUACAAUUGAAUUUUUGUAAACGUUGUUCCAUUUUUGAUACUGCUAGCUGUUUAAAAUGUCAGCAAAACUGGUUUAUGGUAGAUUGGUGGCUGAGGAUGAAUAUACACACACCAGGACAUUUCCACAACAUUUCCAAGACAUUUUUCCAAAAUUCCAGGACCAUUUCACAUGGGGGUAACAGUGGAUCAUAAUUCAAAUAGAAGAAAAAUAAGUGAAAUAUGGGAGGAACAGAUCAUCAAAAUUAAUUUUCUUACCAUUGCACAAUAUUAAAAUAUUAUAAAGCAAAUAAUGUUAACAAUACCUGUUAAAACAUAAUACCUAUUUGACGAGUAACACCCGUUGUUAGCGGCAACAUCCUUCAGAGGUUACCGUUUUGUGCAGGGGGGGGGGGGGGAUGUAAUUUUCUUUUCUUUUUUUUUGCUUACAUUCACAUGUAAUCGGGCUGCUAUCACUGUAUUGAAAUUAUUUUAAUGUUGGGCAUAAAAUAAAACCCUAUUAUUGAGUGCUUUUUCUGCUAAACUCUGGUAAAGCAAUAAAUUUAUGCCACAUAUGCGCACUAUCGGUAAACUAAAGGAUCUCUGUGAUGAUUGGAUCCUGACUUUGGGGCAGAUCAAUUGUUCGAACCCGUGACUAUAGGAACGCGAAAAGAAAGUUCAGAAAAUGUUAGCAGUCAUCCUUUAUGAAACUAAUGACAUAUUUUCAAAUUUCCAGGACCAAGUGCAAAGUCCAUCAUUCUACUGACAAUAUUAGUUGUAAUCGAUGUACAAAUGCUUGGCGAUUCGUUUGCAACCCCCAUAUAGCUGUUUUGCCAGUAAUGCUAAUAUGAAUCAAUGUUCUAAUUCUGAUUUGGGCUUCUUUUUUUUUAAUUCAGGCAAACAUUAGCCUCUCCUGUUAUAAAAAUUGGAGUGCGUACACCUACAUGUAUGUCUGUGUGACUCACGAGGUGUUAUCAACCAUGUUUCUAGAUCGGCAUCAUUCCCCACCAUUCACAAAAGGCUAUGUCGUUUUUUAUUCCCAAUUUUGGACUAAAACAUUCCUACACUGAAUGUAGAGAUUCCUUUUGUUGAUUAUUAUAUAUACAGAUGUAUUUUGAAAUUGAUAUGUAACACUUGACAAACACCCCUUCACUCACCCAAAACAUUUCAUAACACAAAAUAGAUAUAUUAAUUUGAAUAAAUACAAGUACAUGUAUAUGUGUAGUAUUACUAUUUUAAAAUCUAGUUGGGUUUAAUAAGAUGAAAAUUUCCCUCUUUGCAUUUGUAAAAUGACACAAAAAUUCCUAAAGUUAAAGCCAUGGGCGUCGAAUCGAAUUUUAGAAAUAAAACCCUGCUGAUGUUAAGAGCGAUAACUGCUGUGUGGCUCUGCCUUUAAGUCUGAUUGUGGGAGGGUGUAUCACAUGUACCUUAUCAAUGAUGUCUGCACAGUGGGCAAGUCAUUGUCGUGAAAUGGAUCAACAAUGGGGAAUUUUUAUAAACUGAGAAACAAUCAGGGGAAUGUCAUGGAAUUUUAUACCUAAUUUACUAAUGCUGUUAACAUUUUCUAGUUUUAUAACAAUCAAUUUUAAGAAUGUAGGCUAAAUUUAUAUGGCUGUUUACAGGGCCGUACCCUCUGGAGGCGUGGGGGGGGGGGGGGGGCAGUUGCCCAUCCUGAGAAUCUCACCUUUUUUUCUUUUCUUUUACUCUAGAAAAUAGCAUCAUACAAAAAUUUCAAACCUAAAUUUAGAGGCUUUUUAGGGUCAAUGUAAGUAAAAUGUAGGGACUAAAACUUUGCUGUCCGCCAUUUGCAAUGACCUCCACUCUCGACAAAAUAACGGGAAUGGUCCUACACAUUUACAUAAACAUAAAUAUGUAGAAUCCACAUAAGCAUAAAUGUCUGAUUCAGUUCAGAUCAUUUUAUAAUAUUCCGUUUUUAUUUAGUUUGCACUGAGAUUAAGACUCUUGAUUAGUAUUUUAAAAACUUGUUUCAUUUUAGAAUGACCAAUCAAGUGCUCCCCAAAAGUUACGAAUGAAUCCUUCUAUGAACAAUACCGAACAUUGAUGAUGUUUUACUAAUGAAUCGUUGGUAUCAUUUUAGCUUUGUUUACACACCAAUGUUUGAGCGAGCACAGAGAUCAACAAAUGAAAGUAGAUCGAUGUAGUUUUGGCAAUUUAUUUAAUGUUUCCGGAAGAAGAAAAAUGUCUAAUGAUUUCAGGGAUAUUAUGGCCCAAUGUAUGGGGUCUUUUGUGAGCUUGCCCAUAAAAUAUAGGGCUUUUUAUGGCUAGAUCAUCAAAAUAGGGACUUUUUAGGGCAACCCUUCAAAUUUAGGGCCUUUUGAAGCAUGUGUGAAUCUUGAGGGUUUAAUUUGUAUAGUGAUUCAUUUGUUUAUAAAAAGUAGUGUCCACCCCCCUAGGAUUUUGAUCCAGGCACGGCCCUGGUUUAAAAAGCUUUUCUGUUUUAAAAGGUGACUAUAUCUGAAUGACAAUGAAGGUAGUUUUUAAAGAUGCCAUAUAUCUUCUGCUAUGGUAUCUGAAAAUUAUUUGUUAUUAGGAACAUAGAAUAUACCUACAUGUACGGUAAUUCAACUUGGAAAUAUGGAUAGCAGAAUUAAGAUUUCUAAACAAAAAAACAAAACAAAAACCCCAAACCAUUCUAACACAAAGGAAAGAAAGAUUUUACAGCACCUCAACACAUUUUAAACUACUUUUCUAUUUAGUAAAAUAUGAAACCUUCAGCCACCAUAUAGGCUACAUGUACCAAGGAGCAGCAAUAUCUCUUUUAUGUGCACUUAUCUACAGACAGAACGGGUAUAUGAAAUAGCUUUAGAUAUACAAGUUGAGUGACAAUUUGUUAGGUCCAUAAAUAGAGGAUACUCCCAUCAUGUCUUGUGAUAUAAUUUAUCAGCACGAGUUGAUAAAAGUAUGAAAUCCCAGGCUUGCUGAGGAUUUUUAUACUUUUAUCAACGAGUGCUGAUAAAUUAUGAUAUGACAAGACAAGAGGGGAGUAUUCUUUUUAUCAUCCAUUAUCAUUCUUUUCAUUUGCAACAAUUGUAAGUAAUGUCAGUAAUGUGGGUUGAAUGUCACUAUAUUUGACAGCGGUAGACUCGCUAAAUAGCAGAACGACGGUGGCGUGACAUCACUAAUUAUAGGUUUAGCACUGAAACAUACACAGUGACGUAACAAAAAGAAGCAAUAUCUCCUUGGAGAAUAUCGCAGGAGAUAUCACAAAUUAUAGUGCCAGCAAUAUCUCCUACAAAAGACUUUAAGGGAUGAUAAAACCUAAUAUUGCUCGAAAUAUGGUCAAUAAUUGUUUUAUUACAUAAUGACAUACAUAAGACUCGUACAUUCCUGCUUUGUUUAUCAGAAUCAAAAUACUUAUAUUUCCCGCAAUGUGUUCUAACAGACAAUAUUUACCGGGUAAUUACGACAUGUAAUCCUAUGAUGUUGUAUGACAAGCAAAGGAAUACGGAAAUAAACAGUUGAAACAUUACCAAGACAAAAAUUAAAUUAGAGAUGCUAUGACCUGCAAGAAUUUCAAAAUCAUAUUAAUAACAAAAUAAAAAACAAAGUAUGAUAAAUCUGAACAUACAUUUAUGCUGAACAGUUACCAAUUACCUCCAGAUGCAUUCUUUAUUUGUAACACAAAAUCCAGGGAGUGCCGAAUCCGACUGCAUUUUGAUGUACCGGUAUAAUGUACGUUUCUAAAUCUGCAAGAUACUCCUUACAAAAUUUGACGAGUACUGACCUUGUCUGCGUGGUAUUUUCGGAACUAAAGGUGUUAUCUUUUUGUGGAAGGACAGCAAAGCGUUUUGUCACAAGUUUGUGGUUGUUUACAUUAAAAUUAGCAUUACGUUACCUAAUCAUUAAUUAGAUAGAAUUUUUUCUCUUCUUUAUUUUCAUUGGUUAAAUCUCCAGGGCAAUAUCACUUUUGAUCGGACCGGUGGGACCGAUUUAGGGCAAUAUCAUUAUUUACGGAAGGUCUUGAAAUCAUGCAGCAUUAGCGAAUUUUAUUGUGGUGAUAAAUUUCAAACCCUGAGAAGUUAGGAAAAAUUAUUUUAUUGAAAAUAGAUUUUUUACAUCAAGCUAAAAAAUCAAAAGCAUAGAAAUUGCAAUCAAAACAUUAUUUUUAUUUUUUAUUUAUUUUUUAUUUUUAAAUCAUUAUUUCAAACCUUAAGAAGUGAUGAAAAAUAAGUUUAUGAAAAAUAGAUUUUUACGACAAGCUAAGAAAUCAAAAUCAUAGAAAUCGCAAUCAAAACAUGACAAAUAUAGGUCAGGGACCCGUUCCACAAAGCAAUCUUAGUGCUAAGAUCACUGUAGGUGCAUAACUAGCUUAUGCAUUUAAGGUGAUCUUACCUCUAAGAUUUCUUUGUGGAACGGGUCUCCGAUCUGUUACUAAUUACAUUGUGUUAGUGUGCAUUAGCUUCAUUCAAAAUAGUAUUUUUUAUAGCUACAUGCUCGAUUUGAGAUACAAUUUUAUUGUUAUUGUUUAACAGUUUAUAUGUGAAUUUUUAAGACAUUGCCUUUUACUCCUAAUAAAUACAGUUUAUUUUUAUAUUAUUGAACAUUUAUUAAAGACAUUCAAUCAUUCCAUAAUGUCUCAUGAAAGUUGUUAAUUUGACCAUGUUCACACUUUAUUUUACUACUAGUAAUAUAACACUGUGUUGUUGUUUUUUAAUAAUGAUUUUAGCUCAGAACAAAAUGGUUCUUAUUUAAAGGCAUAUUGUCACAGACCACUGACCUAUUUAAUGGUCUAACAAAGUAUUACCUGAACAAAAAUAAUUUGAUUUGUCCCUAAAUGUACUUUAUUCAACCAA